UGCGCGUUGUAAUUUCUCCUUCUUCGGUGUCCUGCUAGUUACGCUUAAUAAUGGCGCAGGCAGCACAGAAAGUUAUUGCCAAAGUGCCCUCUUUAAUCGGUGCUGCUGUCACAUACUCCAAACCCCGACUAGCAACCUUCUGGCACUAUGCUCGGGUGGAGCUCGUCCCUCCGUCCCCUUCUGAGAUCCCCAAAGCCAUUGAGGCCGCAUCAAAUCUCAUGAAGAACUACCGGUCCGGGCGUCUGGGACAAACCACAGUAAAAGAUGCCAUAAGAAAUGGACUUGUGACCACUGAGGUGCUGAUGUGGUUCUUCAUUGGAGAGUGCAUUGGCAAAGGAGGCAUUGUUGGAUACAAUGUCUAAAUUUGAGACUGCUCUUCUUUUUUUCCCCUCUUGCACUUCUAAUUGCCACAUUCUCAACAACUUGCAGCAAAUCUUCCAAAUAAACAGAUGUCUAUAGUUUGAAAAGUA